CGGCGGCCUCAGGCCUGUCUGGGUCAGAGAUUCUACCCAAAAUAAGAAAAAAGGUCAAACAACAAAAGUACAACUUUAAAAGAUGCUCUCUCAUUUAAAGAACAAAAAAAACCAAAACAAAACAAAACGAUUUAUCUUUGAACAAGGCAGACGCAGCGCCGGGGCUUGAAACAAAACUUUACUUCCGUCCGAAGCCCAGCAGGGCGGACCUCGGAGGGGAAGGGAUGAACGCCCAAAGGCAAGCCCCCUUACAGGCACUUCCGCCCUUUUCCAAGAUGGCGCAGACGGAAGGGGCCAAUCACCGCCCGCUGGCGACGUCGCGGCUGGAGUUGAACCUCGUGCGGUUGCUGUGUCGCUGCGAGUCGAUGGCGGCAGAAAAGCGGGAGCCGAACGAGUGGCGUCUGGAGAAGUAUGUGGGUGCCCUGGAAGACAUGCUGCAGGCCCUGAAAAUCCAAGCCAGCAAACCUGCAUCCGAAGUCAUCAGCGAGUACUCGCGCAAGGUGGACUUCCUGAAGGGCAUGCUGCAGGCUGAGAAGCUGACCUCCUCCUCCGAGAAGGCUCUAGCUAACCAGUUCCUGGCCCCUGGCCGCGUGCCCACCACAGCCAGGGAGCGGGUGCCUGCCACCAAGACCGUGCAUUUGCAGUCCCGGGCACGUUACACCAGUGAGAUGCGGAGUGAGCUGCUGGGCACGGAGCCGUCUGGGGAGCUUGAGAUGGCGCUGGGUACGAGGAAGCGCAUAGCAAAGGGACCCAGACCUGCAGAUGAGAAGCAUUCAGCGUCUGAGCUCGACCUCGUCCUCCAGAGGCACCAGGGCCUCCAGGAAAAGCUGGCAGAGGAAAUGCUAGGCCUGGCACGCAGCCUCAAGACCAACACACUGGCCGCCCAGAGUGUCAUCAAGAAGGACAAUCAGACCCUGUCACACUCUCUGAAGAUGGCCGACCAGAACCUGGAGAAGCUGAAGAUGGAAUCGGAGCGCCUGGAGCAGCAUGCACAGAAGUCAGUGAACUGGCUGCUGUGGGCCAUGCUCAUUGUCGUGUGCUUCGUCUUCAUCAGCAUGAUCCUGUUCAUCCGCAUCAUGCCCCGGCUGAAAUAAAGCCCACCGCCAGCUGAAGUCGGCUAACAUAGUGGAACCCUGAUUCUAUUCCCCACAAAUAGCAAAAGGCUUGUUAGCCACUUCAGCUGGUACAGACACUUGCCACAGGGCCUGACAACCCGAGUUCCACUCCAGAGCACACACUGCAGAAGGGGAGCACACACAAAGUGCAGUAAGAAUUGGGGGAAAAGGCCAAUCGGAACUUUUUUGUUUGUUUGUUUGUUUCAAGACAAGCUUUCUCUGUGUAACACUCCUAGCUGUCCUGGAACUAUCUCUGCAGUCCAGGCUGGCCUCGAACCCAGAGAUCCACCUGCCUC